GUAUUCAUCGGCCUUAACGGCGUACGCAUCCUCAGCAUCAUCGCGCUUAUUCUCGUAUUCGCAAGCAACAUUGUUACGCUCGUUCAUGACAUUCAAGCAGUCAACACUGGCCAAGCUCCCAAUGCUACGAUGGAAGUCAUGAUGAACUCUGAUUACAUUUUGUCAAGCAGCGUGCCGAACCAACCAGCCGGCGCUUUUUGGGCUGUCCUCAAUCGUCUGUUCAUCAUCGGACAGACGGUUGUGCUCAUCUUUUCAGAGUUUGGGUUCCCCUCUGCUUUCUUCACCCGCUAUUUCCCUGUCCUUGGAAAGAACUUUGGUCUCGGCGCGUUGGGUCUUAUUCAAAUGCUGAUCGGAGCUGCAGUCCUCUCCCAUCGCGUGGACACAUUCACCCUCGUCUCCGCCUUCUUUCUCUUCUCCAUUGGGUGCUUGAAUGUCCUCCUCGGCCUUAUAUUUCGGGAAGGCGCCAAGUCCAAACGGUCUGUGACGUCCUGGAGGGAACACGCGAAGAGCGCGCUGCCGACACACGUAGGCGGCGUUGAUAUUCGCCCCGUUGUGAACAUGGCUUCUUCGCCGCCCUCGUUUGUGUCGAAUAUGUGGCCGGGGUCAGGGGGUAAGGAUGAGAAGCCGUCUGAUAAAGCGGGCUUUGGGUUUGGUAGGCAGGGAGAGAAGGCGGCGGGGAUGAAGGGGUUUUUGAUCUCGAAGCCUAUUGAGUCGUUGCCGCGAUAUGCACCGAAGCCUAUGCCGACGGGGAAUACGGAGUAUAGCUCCACGACGACGCGUGCUUGA